AUGCCUCAGGAUCUUCCCCCCAUCGGGGGCUAUGGCCCUGUACAGUACAAGCGUAACCUCCCCGCUCCAGGCUUCCGCCCGACGACGCUACUCCUCGCCAUGGGCGCCGUCAUGACUUUCGGUUUCUACAAGUUGGGACAGGGUAUCCGAGAGCAGAAUGAGCUUGCCCGAGAAAAGAUGUGGUCGCGUAUCCAUCUGAUCCCUCUCCUACAAGCCGAGGAAGACCGCGAUCUCGUCCGCAGACAUCUGGCUGAUCAGGCACGCGAGAAGGAGCUGCUGGGCGAGAACAUGCAAGUUUAUAACUCUGGAAAAUACGUGAGGCCGACGUUUGCCGUUACGCCGUCUAGCGUGACGAAAUAA